GCAGGCUGGCGGAGGAUCGGGGAGGACUUGACUCGCUGUGAUUUCUCUUCGCCCGGCUUUGGGGGGAUGCGCGGCGGCGCGAGUGGGGAGGGGAAUACAGAGCGCCUUAAUUAGAGAAGCGGGCGCGGGUCGGCGUGGCGCGCGGACUGGAUAACGCGUGUGGAUAAGGUUGUGCAGUGGAAGCAGCGGCAGCAGCGGCGGCAGCGGCGCAUUCCGGCGGCGGACUUUGGCUCCAAGUUUACUUGAAGAUUUUGUUGCUGAAACCAUCAUGCCACCAUUCCUCCCCCUCCUCAUCUUCCUUCUUUUCUCAUCUGGUGUGGUGCUAUCUGGUGGCUGCCCAUUAGACUGCAUCUGCCAAGGCCAGGGCUCGAUCUUCUGCAUCCAGCGACACUCCACCACCGUGCCUCGCAGCUUGCCUGUUGACACCAAACAGCUCUACAUCUUCCAGAAUGGCAUUGAAACUCUGGCCCAAGAUGACUUCACUGGCUUGGGAGAGCUAGAGAUGUUGGACCUGAGCCAGAAUGAGCUAAUUGAGGUUCCAGACGGUGUGUUUGAGACACUGUCAGCACUAAAGAACUUGGAUCUUUCCUCCAACUACAUCACCCACAUUUCCAAAAACAGCUUUUCUGGGUUAGUCCAGCUUGAGAGGCUUUAUCUCCAUGCCAACCGCAUCCAGAGCAUACAGCCAGAUGCCUUUGAAGGCUUAGAGAUGUUGCUGGAGCUCAAGCUUCAAGGGAACCAGCUCACCUCCUUACCAUCACUCCAUCUCCCUAAUCUCCUGCUCCUUGACCUCAGUUACAACAAAAUCCCAAGCUUGGGACCAUUGGACCUCCAGACCCCCCAUCUUGAAGCCCUCAAAGUGGCUUCUUUGGGGCUCACCUCUUUGGAUGAGGAUCUGAUGGGCUCCUUGGGGAACCUCCAUGACCUUGAUAUCUCUAUGAACCAGCUAGUGGAGGUGCCUCAGGCAUUAAAGCAGGGAUCCCUGAAGGGGCUUAUCAAACUCAACCUGGCUGCCAACCCACUAGGUGAGCUGAAACAGGAAGAUUUUCAAAAGCUAGUUGGGCUUCAAGAGUUAGACCUCAGUGGACUCAACCUUCAAGGAUUCCCCCAGGGACUUUUCCAGGUGUUCCCUAGGUUGGGGCAGCUAACUGCAGCUGAAAACCCCUUCAACUGCUUAUGCCCUCUUGCAUGGUUCCCCGUCUGGUUGAAGGACAGGGACGUAUCUCUAGGGAGGCCUGAGGAAACCAGAUGCCACUUCCCCCCAGUCAAUGCUGGGAAGAUGCUUGCAGAGUUGGAGCAAAAAGACUUUGGCUGUCCACCUGCCACAACUGUACUAACUGGCUCUCCCAUGGAGAGUACUCUUGUGCCCCUGCUGCCCACCACGUAUCCAGAGGUUACCCACACUAAUGCUGUCCCACCUUUCUUACCCAGUGAAGAGCCCUUCUCCUCACAAGCAGAUAUCCAUCCCAUUCCACCGCAACCUCCAGUCUCUCCUAGCUCCAUGAGCAAGGAGCAAGAGGUACAUAUCUGCCCACCAAGUAUCUGCCUUAAUGGGGGCACCUGUCGUUUUGACCUCUCGGGGCAACUAUACUGCCUGUGUCCUCCUGGAACCACCGGUCAUUACUGUGAGAAUGUGGAAGAAGUCCAUGAGCCAGCAAUUCCCUCAGCAACUGAGGUCACUGUAGUUACCCCGGUGAUAACCGCUGAACCUGAUGCCAUUAGUUCGCGUCAAGUGACCUCCACCUCCAUCCUCCUUGACCUGCACCGCUUCAUUGAGACGAGGCCACAUAUACGAGGAAUCAGGCUGACCUAUCGUAACCUUUCAGGACCUGACCGCCGCCCCAUGUUUCUCAGUGUACCGGCAUCCUAUCCAGAGUACACCCUGCGUGGUCUGAGACCCAAUUGUACCUACUCAGUCUGCGCCAGUCCCCUGGGUGAGCGAGUCAAUUCCCGGGGCAAUAGCUCGGUGGAAAUGGGUUCGUGUACAGAGGCUCGCACUGCAGGGGUCCAGGCCACAUCCUCAGAGCCCAGGGUGGUGACCCAGAGUCAGCUGACAUAUACGCUCAUCCUUGCCAUAGCUGCCCUGGCCCUUGUUGUAGGGGUUACAGUGGUGGCUGGGGCAGUCAUCUGUUUGCGGAGAAGGAGGCGGGCUAAGGCUAAUAUGGGGCUGGAAAUGGGCCCAGCUGAACUUGAUCCCAUGGAGGUAGAAGGGAUCAAAACGUGUCUGGAGAACGGGGGCAAUGGGACUCUCCCUCACAAACAGCCUGAGAUUGACCGGUGUCACACACCCCAGCCGCCCCCAUCCUCACAACAAAACGGGGGUUUGGAAUAUGAGGUUCCCUUAAUGCAAGGGCACUGUCCAUCAAAUAACAACGUAGCUGCCUUGAAACCCUCUUAUUUCUGAGAUUCAGUUCAGUUCAAGGACUUUGAAAAAUUAUUUGAAAGAGUAGGCUCGAACAUUGAGGGUCCAAGGAUCUUACUAUGAGACUUUUGAGGCCUGAUUGAAAUGGUUCUCUUUCAAGUUGAAAUAUUUCAUUUGAAAAAGAGUGGCACUUACCCUGAAAAAAGCCAGAGUACUGGGCUUACCAUAAACAUCUGUAGACCGGAUCCUUAGUAUUUCUGAUAUAUGGAAUCUUAAACCUCAAGCAGUGAUUUUUUUUAUUUUUUAAAUGGAUGUUGAUCAUUUUCAAAAUGAACUCCUCUUUCACAGAAGAACAAUUUGUGACAAUAAAAUGGAGGAUUUAAAAAAAUUAUCAUGCAAAGGGACGGAUGAUGGCAAAACCUAACAAAGUAUUUAAACUAAGUGCAAUCACCAAACAAAGGUCUUAUUAGCAACCUGAAAACGGAAGUGCCUUUCUGCAUUGACAUGACUUUAUUUUUUUUUCAGCCCACUUUUUAAGUUGCUUUGUUGAAGUAAAAAAGCUGUUUUUAAAUGAGCUGCAAUCCUGUUGCUGGAUUUAGGAAAUACAGUUUGGGGGUGGGGCAAUUAGUUUUUGUUACAGAGUUCGAGGCAAUAAAACACAUGACUCGGAUAUAGACUCACCUGGACCACACUUCCUGGUACAAAGUGGGCAUGUGACAAACUACAAAUGCCUCACGGAAAACAGAACUUGCACUGAAAAAAAAGGAAACGCUCCUCUUCAAGUCCAAGUAAAGAACUGAGAUGUGUCUGAUGGGCACAUGAAAGUUGCAUGAUUUGACUGAGAUUUGCUCUUGACAGUAUCAGAAACAAGUUAACGGGUUUACAAUUGAUUGUAAUCUCUCAAUCCAAAUUUGGCUUUUAAGAAGUUUUACAAUGAAAUAAAACUAGAAUGUUCUUUAUAUCAGAAUCUGAUCCUCUCCCUCUGAAUAAACACCCAAACUGUUGUCUCCAUGGGAGAUAAAUUUGCUGUGAAAGACAAAUAAACAAAAUGAAGAGAUAUUGAAAGUGGACUCUGCCUACGGCCUGCGUACUUCUGGGCUUCUGGACUACGUGAAGGCUGUUUUGUCACACGAACAUCAAAAUCUGGAGAUUUUGUACAAAGGCUUUUGUAUUUUUUUAUCAUGGAUUUUGCUUUUGCUGUUCUUUUUGAGUAUUGUUGUUCUCACUAUGUGGAUAUGUUGCAUCCUGUGCGUCCUUGGGGAAAAAAACAACAUUUGAUGUGUAUAAUAGAUUAGGUUGGAUCUUUUACAUCUUUGGAAUUAAACAGACAUUUUCCGCAA